AUGUUCGUCCUUCCCCCUCCUCCUCCGCGCUAUACCAUCCCUGUCGCAUAUGCGGCGGGGGCGGCAAAUGGUAUGGCGGUCCCUGUUGUGGAAACGAACAACACCAUUACCCACCCGGAGAACGGGUGUCCAUUGCAAGUUGGCGAGGGAACGUACAUCCUCCAGGAUGAUCUUCUCCUCGCAACACCGCCUCCCCACCCAUCUGAAGCUCCUAUCAUCAACCCGAACCCUCUUGCGACGCUACCCACACCCCCUACCACCGGCGUAAAGCUAUCUCUUGUUACCCUCGACCCCAAAAAGAAGCCUCCGACUUUCCUAAAGUCGGCUGUUACAGCUCCCCAAUUCGGAGACGGAAACCCUGCGCUUGCGGCGCCACCGGUGGCAGCGAAGGACGCCUCGAAGCGAAGGAAGCCCAAGAACAACAUCAUCAAGAGCAGUUCUUCCUUCGUUUCCCGAGUUAUUACCCACGAGACAUCUGCCAAGCGAUUGUGUGACCGUGACUGGAAUGGCGUUUUUGCCUUUGCGAAUAUCAACCGAGCAUUCCAAUGGCUAGACCUCAGUUCGCCUACAAAAGAGGAGCAUCUUACCAAAGUUCUCUUUACCAAGGCGCACAUGCUCUGCCAUGAUAUCAAUGAGCUCACCAAGACAUCUUCACAUUUGGACAUUGUGAUGGGAUCUUCCGCGGGCGACAUUAUUUGGUAUGAGCCCAUGUCGCAGAAGUAUGCUCGGAUCAACAAGAAUGGCGUGAUAAACAACUCCCCCGUCACCCACAUAAAAUGGCUUCCUGGGUCUGAGAACCUGUUCAUAGCAUCCCAUGCCAAUGGUGUGCUGGUCGUGUACGACAAGGAGAAGGAGGAUGCCCUUUUCACCCCCGAGGCGAACGGCCAUUCCGAACAAGAGAUCGGACGACUACCAUUAGACAUCCUUAAGUCUGUGAACUCCAAGAACCAGAAGACCAACCCCGUCUCGUUUUGGAAAAUGGCAAACCAGAAAAUUUCGAGCUUUUCCUUUUCGCCGGAUCAAAGGCAUUUGGCCGUGGUUCUCGAAGAUGGGUCGCUGCGGCUCAUGGAUUACUUGAAAGAGGAGUAUGUUUGCGCUAUGUUAAUAGAACAGUACGAUCCCCAACUAACUUCUUCUAGGGUACUGGAUAUAUUCCGCAGCUACUAUGGGGGCCUGAUCUGUGUCUGCUGGUCGCCGGAUGGCAAAUACAUCGUAACCGGAGGCCAGGACGAUUUGCUGACGAUUUGGUCUUUCCCCGAGCGCAAAGUUGUUGCCAGAUGCCAAGGACACAACUCCUGGGUUUCGUGUGUAGCAUUCGACCCCUGGCGUUGUGACCAGAAGACAUACCGGUUCGGCAGUGUCGGCGACGACUGCCGCCUCCUCUUGUGGGAUUUCAGCGUUGGAAUGCUCCAUCGGCCUCGCGUGCACCAAGCCUCAACUCGAAAUCGAUCCAGCAUCGUAGUACCAAAUUCACAAACUGCCAACCGCAACCGUGCAGACAGCGGCGACAAUCGUAUGCGCUCAGACUCUAAUGCCACCGCCAAGUUCAACGACGAUAUCGAACAGACGAGUCACCCAGUGGAACCUAGGUCUCGAACAGCUCUUUUGCCCCCGAUCAUGUCCAAAAUCGUUGGCGAAGAUCCUACCUGCUGGCUUGGCUUUCAGAAAGACUGCAUUAUGACUUCCUCUCUUGAAGGCCAUAUCCGCACUUGGCAUCGACCCAGCGACAGCGUCAUCAAAUCAUGA